CUGGUUUGUUCCGAAAUCUUAAGCCUGAUCUCCACUUUGCGUGAAUGAUAGUACUGAUUGGAAUCGAAGUCGGGCGGAGUAAGCAACGCAAAUAUUACACAUUUGUUACAGUAUAACUCGAAAGCGGAUUGCCGACAUCAUUUUCUUUGAUCUAGCCGUGCACUGUUGAUAUUCGGACUUUCACGAAACGGCUUACGACUAUUCUAAGAUCUCAUCUAUACGGGUGCCAGCUUUUAGAGCGGAUUUCGUCCAGUGGAAAAGUGAGAUGCCACUCUUGUUGUGCAUUUUCGAUUACCUGAUUUCACAAAGCGGAUCUGGUAAAUUACGAUUCAAAGAUUUUAUAAACUGAUGUGCUCAUUGCAGUGGAGACGUGAGAUUUUUCAUUUAUAAUUAUCAUGAAGGCUUCAUGAUCCUUUUUCGGAUUUAUCAUCCAGAAAUACAAUCAUGGGAACGAAGCCGUGCCCAACAAUGUGAUAGCAAGUAGUAUUAACAACUAGGCCAUUGUAAUAUGUGAUUAAUUCGAGACGGAUUCGCUAAUUAGUAAUAGUCCCAGCCACGGAUAAUAUCGCCUGCAGUAUACUGAUUAGCUUCGGCCAGAUUUCGUGAGAAUUUCACAAUCAGCAACGGAUAUGAUUUAAAGAACAAACGUGAUCAAGGCGUGCCUUAAAGUCAGGGACGGAUACGUGUUUUUAAUACUCAGCGACGGAUACGGGUCUUUUCAUCAUUAGUGCGGACAGUCACUGACGGAUUCGAGCAUUUCGUAGUCGGUGAAGAUUUAUAUUCAUUUCAGUGGUCGGUGACGGGAAGAGUGUUAUUCAGAAUCACCAAAGGAUAAGAGUUACCCCAAUAGUCAUCCAAGCACAUGUUUGAAAUUUCACCAACCAAGCUACGAACAAGUGUGUUUUUCUGAAUCAGUUAGGGUUUUGUGUUGGAUUUCUAAUCUAUUGUGUUGUGGUAUUUUUUUAAAUUUUGGAUACGUGUAAUAAAAAAUGGGCGACGUAAGGAAUAUUAUUUUAAAUACUUCGGGAGAAGAAACUUUGUCUCCUCAUACUAGAUCUUGCGUGGUCUUUAACGCGACGCUCAACACUUCAGUGGUUAUUUCGAAUUGUUCUGAGUACGGCAUGGAUGUGGAUUUUCCGGGUGGUGGAUGGAUGAACCCCUUUGACGUUCCGCACAUCCGGGCACUCUUCAUCACUGCUUAUGCCAUUGUAUUCACCAUAUGCGUUGUAGGAAAUGCUGCUGUGAUUUACGUCAUCCUCCGGAGCCGGCGGAUGAGAUCCAUCACCAACUUCUUCCUCGCCAAUCUUGCCUUCGCCGACUUCUGUGUGGGAAUAUUCUGCGUUCUACCCACCUUGAAGAAAUACCUGGACACUAUUUGGGUUUUAGGGAGGGUGAUGUGUAAGUUGAACUACUUCAUCCAGCAGAUGGCGUACGUCGCAUCCGUCACCAUUCUGACCGUCAUUGCCAUAGAACGUUACGUGGCGAUAAUAUACCCUAUGAAGAGUAAACAACUCACUACAAAAAGACGUUUGAUAUGCAUCAUAGUUCAUAUUUGGAUUAUAGCAAUCUCCUACAAUGUGAUCCAGUUGGUUGUUUUUGACACAUCCGGUAUGAUAGAAAUGGACGGAAUGAGGUUUGAGUUCUGUGUUCCUACUUUUGAGUUUGACAGGAAAACGUACAAUAUUUUUAACUUUUUCUUGUGGUAUCUUAUUCCGUUGAUCAUAAUGAGUGUACUGUAUACGAAGAUUAGCAUCGUUCUGUGGCGGAGUACGAUGUUGUCGAGCGCUGUAAGAAAUUCUACGGCAAAUAACAACCAGAAAGGUUCGAUUGUGUCGAGGCAUUCAAAACUCGAGGAGACUUCGAAAGAUGAAGAGAGUGUUCUCAUGACGAGUUAUAAAAAUUCUGACGAUCUCAGCUCAGCGCCUCAAGUCGAAACAAAUGUAGUUAUUAUGAAUGGCAGUCCUACCUCAAACUCGCAUAAACUCUCGCACACAUCACGUGACCACGGAGCACAGCGUUCAGCAACCGGAACUGAUCACCAGUUGGUGCGUACCGGAAAUAGCCACAACUCUGAUGACAUUGAAGAUGACAUAGGGUCGUCAUCGACUGAAUUGACCUGCCUUGGUAGCAGGGUGAGCAGCAGAAGGCAACGCGCCCAGAACCGCCGCAGAAAAAUCCAGUACAUCGCACAAAAGGCAAAAUCGGGGGGCGCAGAGAACCUUUUAAGGUCGCGGAGACGUGUUGUCAGACUGCUUGUAUUAGUUGUCGCAUCUUUCGCAGCGUGCUCGUUACCUUUUCAAGCCUAUGUUCUGAUCACUGCGUGGGAUGGUUAUGUGCCUUCUCUGGUGCCUCCAACAUCUAUCCUAAUCAUGUUCUUCAACAGUGGACUGAACCCUAUUUUAUAUGCAUUCUUUUCGGAGAACUUUCGCCGUGCAACGAAGGAGGUGUUUGUCGGUGGAUGUGGACGCCUCAGACGUAAAGAGGGGUCAGUGCGGACUUCUGUUCCCGCAUACACAACAACGGGAUUAUAGUGUUGGUGGUCGGGGUUUUAAUCUAUCAUUAGAAAGGUGUUGCAAUUCUUGAAUUAGCGAGGGUGCGUGUGUGGGGGGGGGGGGGGGGUCAAGCUCGUGCAUCGUGCCUGUGACAAAGCCAUAAUCCAUGUCAUGGCUCCGCUGCAAACUAAAACUGCCCAUUUGCACAGCGCUUUAGUCUGGCUGUGCAGUGGGCCGCACAAAACACGUGCAUGGUACAUCGCUCCAAACAAGGUCAAGAUCGAGCGAAAACAUAAUUUUUGAUUGAGUUCGAUUGCAAGAACGCACUUAAUUUUGUACAUUGUAUGCUUCUUUGCACCCAAAUCGAAUCACAAAUUAAAAGUUUUUCUCUGCGAUGUCGCAUAAUGUGUAGUGUGAUUCAAGCAAAUUCGCAUUUAUCUGUGGAGCCUCACCUUACACUGAAUGCGAUUGUGACAAUGCAUGCGGCCGUGCUUCGUUCACGCCGCAUUUGACGAUCGCAUGCGUUUUUAAAUCUAUGGGAAAUCACAUGUCACAAUUCAGGGUUAACUUUAUAGGUGAUGCGUUUAGCACACUGCAUGCAGGUUCGAUUUGGAUGCAAUGAAGCAUUAAAUGAUUAUUUUCAUUCAUGUGUACAUGAAACACAAUUACAUGCCUCGCGUAGGUCUCAUAACACCUCAUGACAUGCUCUUGAAUUGUAUUUGUCAUUGGAGGAUCAUCGAUUGGUCCAUAUCAUAAUUGUGCCUUUCUUUCCGUAUCACACGACAUCAUGAUUGUAUUGUGCAUGUGACUGAGAUCCAGUAAAAAGAACGAUCUUCUGAUAUUUCUUCUAUUGUUCGUGACAUUUCUAAGAAAAGCAAAAGGACUGCGGACGAGUAACAUAAUACACUGCAUCUCACUUUUAUAUUAGUGAAAGUAUCAACUACACGUGGUAACGGUAGCUUAGGUCAUUCAGUAGCGAUCGAUUUCAAGAUACAUGUAAUUCGACCCGAACUUAGUGCAAAUCCGCCAUUGUUGACGUCAACCGAUUCUGACAACUAAUGAAAAAAUACCAUCCAAAUGUUUAAAACCAGCCACAAACAUUUUUUUAAUCAAAUCAACGAGUUAUAUUGAUACUAUGUAUUGAGAGAUAAAAAACAAACAAAUAUUUUAUAAUGAUUGUGGAAUAAGAAGAAAAAUAUUCACACCACCUCCUGCGCGAACUCGUCGCAAUCGUCAUCUCACAUGUCUGAUGACGACACAGACUGAUAUAUCAAUGCAGCGAUAGUGGGAAUAUGUCCUCUGCCCAAGCCUCGUGAAACCGCAGUCCCUCUAACAUUUUGAGUUGUCAUGAUUAUCGGUGCACGUUGGCUUUUUAAUUCAAAUUCUGAAUUAAAUACAUGUAGGUCGUACGUAUAAAGGGCCUUUAUUUUUACAUGUACAUGUAAGUGUUUGGCCCUAAUACGCCUAUUCAGAAAAUUUGAUAAAGACUUUAAAAGUGUACUGAGCCUUUUAGUUACCUUUUCAAAAUCACUCAUUUAUUUACAUGUGCUGUACUAUAAUGAUAA